AAAGAGAGCUCGUUCGUAAUCCUCCUCCAUAGAAAAUCUAUAGAAGAAAAUCCCUUUACCUACAUCAAUAGUUUCCAAGGAUCCUUUGAUUCUCCACAUAGAUCUAACUCGAGCAUCCAUAAAGGCUAGCUUAGGAUUAAGGCCUAAACAUUUGCCCAUUAGCGUGAGCUUCCAUGGUGAUCUCAACCUGUUUAAAGUAUUCUUAUCAAAUUGAACCACGAAUUCACCUUGAGGAGCCAUGGUUUCCUCUUCUUCAUUCCAAUCCUUUGAAGAAACUACAAUUUUUUUCGCUUCUUCAAACCAUUGUGUAGAUUUAGAAACAACUUCUCUAAAAGAGAUUGAACUUACCUUGUUUAACAGACGAGAAAUAGAACCCUCUUCUGAGAUUCCACGAUUCUCUUUGACAAAUUGUGUUGUAGAAUUGCCUUGGUUUGUAGUAAUUCGUUCAUCAUCAUCAUCAUCCUGCAUCUCUACAUCUUUUGGUAUAGGAGGGGGAGGAGGCGAUUCCUCCUCCAUUCCAACUAGGGUUGAAGAUACUCAAAGUGGACUUUGCUACUUUUCUCUCAAGACCUUUCUCUCACUAGAAAUGAUUCUCACUUCUCAUUAAAAUCAUCAUCCUGCAUCACCCAUAUAUUCUUCUCAUUAAAAAUCCCCAAAGACUGGUUUUUGGAAAGAAGACAUUCAGCCAUUCAGGUGUUGGACCUUGAGACUUGAGUGAGUUCAAGCGACUGUUUCAACACAAAUACGGUAUGACCACAAAAUCUGGCAUUUUUGUUCGAGCUUUUCUUCAUUUUCAUGGCGUCUGUUCUACCAGUAAGCUUCUUCAUCUCUCUCCCCAUCCUCUUCUUCCCAAAUUCAAUUUCAAUUUCCACUUUUUUCAGUCUCCAUUUUCAUGUUAUUGCCGUAAUUACGCUUAUCAUACUGUUGAUCAUUGUGAUGACCCCCAAUUGUUCCUCCAACUAGGGUUUACUAAUAUUGAUUAUCCCCUUUUCGUCUUUCGUCAAAUGAAAUCGUUGCGUCCUCUUCCUUCAAUUAUUGAUUUCAAUCAACUUUUCAUUGAAAUGUGUAAGAUUAAACCCCACCCCCCAUUUUCCACUGUUAUUUCACUCUCCAGACAGGUUCAAUUGUUAGGUCUCCGUCCAAAUGGUUAUUCGCUGAACAUUAUGUCCAAUUGCUACUGUCGCUUGGGGUUUGUUCAUUUCGGGUUUUCCCUUCUAGCUUAUCGCAUUAAGCUUGGCUAUCAACUUGACAUUGUCACCUUCACUACCCUCCUCAAUGGUCUUAUCCACAUUGAUAAAUUAGAUCAAUCUGUUAAAUUGUUGGAUAAGAUUGUCAAGCUUGGCUUUCAACCCACAUUAGUUACCUAUGGUACUAUGUUCAAAGGCCUCUGUAGAACCAGUAAGUAUGCCGAUGCUCUCAAUUUGCUUCGAAAGAUGGAGUCUCAUGGCCAUUGCAUGCCUGAUGCUGUCAUUUAUAAUACCAUCAUUGAUAAUUAUUGUAAAGGCAAGUUCUUACACAAGGCCCUCACUCUGUUUACGGAGAUGAAAGCCAAGAGCAUUUCCCCUGAUGUUGUCACUUAUAAUACCUUAAUUCAAGGUAUGUGCACUUUGGGACUCUGGAAAGACGCUAAAAAAAUGUUGACCGAGAUGUUAGAGAACAAUAUAGUGCCUGACAUCGUCACCUAUAACACCUUAAUUGACAUGCAUUGUAAAGAUGGCAAGGUUGAUGAAGCACGGGCUAUUUAUGAAUCCAUGACUAAGAGAGGUUUGGUUCCCAAUAUCAUCACUUACAACGCUCUGUUAGAUGGAUAUUGUUUACGUGGUGAGAUGGAUGAGGCGGAAAAGCUCAUGGAUUUGAUGGUAAAAGAUGGCUGCAAACCUGUUCUUGUGACUUUCAAUACCUUGAUCUGUGGAUACUGUAGAGAGGGAAUGGUUGAUGAAGCACGAUCCAUAUUCCAAUCCAUAAGUAAGAGAGGUUUGGUUCCUAAUAUUAUCACAUACAAUGCUAUGUUGGAUGGGUAUUGUUUAUGUGGCCAGAUGGACAAGGCAGAAAAUCUUUUGGAUUUGAUGGUAAAAGAUGGCUGCAAAUCUGAUAUUGUUACUUUCAACACCUUAAUCAACGGAUACUGCAAGUCCCGAAAGCUUGACAAAGCUCUUUGCUUGUUCCAAGAGAUGCACCUUAAAGGAUUAUCUCCUGAUAUUGUCACAUACAACAUUCUUAUUGACGCCUUUUGCAAGGACAAUAGACUGACUUUUGCAUGCAAGCUUUUUAAGGAAAUGGAAACCCACAGACUGAAACCUAAUGUAAUGACUUGGAAUUCAUUACUCGAUUGCCUGUGUAAAAACAGCCAUAUUGACGAGGCAAUGGCACUGAUGAGAGGAAUGGAGAAAAAGGGAGUGGUCCCCGAUAUUAUAACUUACAAUAUCCUAAUUGAUGGGUUGUGUGAAGCAGGAAAACUUGAAGAAGCUUUGGAUGUCUUUUCAUCUCUCACAGAUAAGGGCUUACAGCCAGAUGUAUAUACUUACAAUAUUGUUGUCAAAGGACUUUGUAAAAGUGGUUCUCUGAAUGAUGCUGUUGAACUGUUACUUACAAUGGAAGACAACAGAUGUCCUCCAGAUGAAUGCACCUACAAUACAAUAAUUAAAGGUUUUUUAGAAAGUAAGGAUGUCAGCAAGGCGUUGGAACUUGUCAGCACCAUGAGAAGCAGAGGCUUUGCAGCUGAAAAUCACAACAUUGUUUUAUUUGUUAGCUUACUCACUGACUCUGAUGUUAGUGAUUCAGACAAGGCUUUACUUCAAAAUUUUCUCAAGACGUGAGUACUUGGCCUCUACUCGAUCUUCCACUGGAAGCAAAUCCAAAUCAAGUGAUUUUGUCGUUGAAGCAAAAGCUUUUCUAUUUUGAGCCCUGCAAGCCUGCCUGAUUACUACAAUCCUGAGCACUAAAAAACUAAUGCAACUCCAACUGAGCUUCAUCACUCAUCAGUCAUCAGGGCGUGUUCAAGCAAUCCUGCGAAAUACUGUAUGUUGUUAUUACAUUUCAGCAUCAAUGGAGGGAAACAAAUAUGGAGGCUGACAAAUUGGCAAAGGAACCAGUAUGAUGGACUGACUGACUAGUAAGCAUCUUAUUUCAUCGGAUAAUAAUUGUUAGCAAAGAUAAAGCCACGACAAGAUGAUAGUUUGAUUUUGUCUUACAUUUGAUCAAAAGGAACUGAUGGGAAAAUGUAACCAUAUUUUCGGAUUGGGUCGACAAUGGAAAAAAGAGGAAAUUAUAUUCUCAAGAACAAGAGGAUGUAAAUCUAUUUUCUCUUUAAACUUUUAGAUUAAUGUAUUAUGACAUUUGUAUUUAUGUGGAAUUGUGGAGGCUUUUAUUCGAAUCUUAUUGUAAUAUUAUUA